AAACGGCAGGCAGUGAGUGAGUCAAGAAGGCGCGCACACAGUGUCGGGCAGCACAAACAAAAAAGUGAGGAUUUUCCUGAGUCAGCUCCGGGUACUGCGGUGCGAGUGUGCAAAAGUAGUUAAAUGUCGGGUGCCCAAUGGUCCUGUAAUUAGCCAGUUGUCCAGAUUAUCUGCUUGUCCAUACCUCUGUAUGGGUGCGGAGGAUGGAAUGAACUGAUGCACGGCCCUCCACAACAGAUGUCUGCAAAUGCUGACCAGGCUCAUUACAGCAAAUGCUUGGAUUUGCAUCUUACUGAUGGACCCAUUUUACUGUUUAUCCAAUGAGAGAAAACAGAUUCGGCUAAGGUGCUAUGGCAUCACAAAGUGAAGAAGGGUGUGAUAUUGGAGACUGGCUGUCUACUAUCCAUUUGGAAAAAUACAGAGAGAAUUUUGUCCUGAAUGGAUUUUACACAUCCAAGGACUUUGUACAUUUGAACAAUGAAACGCUUCUUCAGAUCGGCAUCACAGCUACUGGGCAUCGGAAACGGAUCUUAAAAUUUGCACAGCAAAGUAGCCUGACGUUAUCAUGUGCUGAGCUUCCGAGUCCAGCCCUGGGCCAUUGCACUGGUGAGAAAGAGCAAACUGUGGCGAGAUCAAGCACUGUUGAAGAUUGGAAAGAUAACGCCAGUGGGAAUGAAGUUUUUGAACCCGGAGAACCAGUGGUUAAACCCGUUCCCAGGCCACGGACAUUGCUGAAUAAGCAGUCUUCAGGCUCCAGAACUCCAACUGAUAUAGGAUCAGCAUCAACACAAAGUCCAAAUCAUGAGAAGCAGGAAGUGUUUUCUCCUGGUGAACCUUCUAUGGAAAGGCCUGAAUUGACUGAGAUGGAACAGGGACCAAGUGAAGGAAACAAAGUCACGUCUCCAGCUUGGGAAAGGACCGCAAAGGAAGAGGAGAUGGUUCCUCCCGUGCCACCACGCAUCAACCGGGGACAACCUCCUGCCAAUUUUGCCCCACAUGGUCCAACAAACAGAGAUGAACAUGAUCUACUGGGAUCAAAGUUUGGCGAUUCCAUCUCUAAGUCUGUGGAAAACUUGCAUGAUAUCCACUCUCUCUCCAGAGUUUCCUCGCACUCCCUUCCCCAGAUGCCUUUGUUUGACACAGCGUUCACAGGGAAAAUGGUUUCCAAUGAGCUCUACACCACUGUGGAGACUUUGCCUGAGAGGAAUCGAAGCCAGUCCUUCUCAAUUUCAGGCAUAAAAUCUUUGGGAAGGAGACCUGUCCCACAGCCCCCACCCACCGCAAGCCAAGCUGAUUCAUUAUCACUUUCAUUAAAAGAAAGACAACAUCUGGGAGUUCACUCCGAAGAGGACACCAGACCUCAGCCAGUCCGGAAGCAAGCCAGUGAUCCCUCACCCUACGCCACAAUAGGAGACAUUCCAACACCUAGCACCCAGUACCCAGUGUACUUCAAAGAUGAAAUUGAGGAUGACCUAAAAAUAUCACCAUAUGCCAGCUUCCACCUUGCUCCAGAACAAGGAAAACAUAUAAAAUGUGACUGGUUGGAGAAGCUCUCACCACAGGGGAGCUACGUAUUUCAGAGGCGCUACGUGAAGUUUGAUGGGAAGAUGUUGAUGUAUUUUAGCAAUGAGAAGGACCCCUACCCUAAAGGAGUAAUACCCCUGGCUGUUAUACAGAUGGCAAGAACAGCGAAGGAAAAUAAAUUUGAAGUAGUUACAAGCCAAAGGACAUUUGUUUUUAGGGCAGAGAGUGAAGCGCAGAGAAAUGAGUGGUGUUCACACCUCCAGAAUGCAGUCAAAGUCCAUCACUUCUCGUCCAUUCGCCGGGUUGGAUCCACAUCCCUCUGCCAGAAGUAUGGAUACUUGGAGAUGAAGGGACAUAAAUCCAAGGUCUAUGCUGCCCUCUACACUGACAUCCUCUGGCUGCACAAAAAUGAACAGACUUUCAAAUCUGGCAUUGGAAUCAUAACUAUUGAAGUGCAAGGAGCCACCAUUCGUGAUGGCAACCGUAAAAGUUUUGAAUUAAUCACUCCUUUUAAAAGCUUCAGUUUUACAGCUGAAUCUGAACGAGAGAAGAAGGAAUGGAUUGAGGCACUUCAGGACUCGAUAGCUGAGACUCUCUCGGAUUAUGAGGUGGUUGAGAAGAUUUGGUCAAACAAGUCUAACAAAGCCUGUGCAGACUGCAAAGCACCAAAUCCUGACUGGGCGUCCAUUAACCUCUGUGUUGUCAUCUGCAAGCGAUGUGCAGGAGAACAUCGAGGCUUAGGAGCAUCUAUCUCUAAAGUACAGAGCCUGAAAUUGGAUACAAGCGUAUGGACAAAUGAAAUUGUACAGCUUUUCAUUCAGUUAGGGAAUGAGAAAGCGAAUAGGUUCUGGGCAGCUCGAAUCACUCCAGGAGAGGAGUUGGAUACAGAUGCUUCAGUCGAGAGGCGGAGAGAAUUCAUCAUAAUGAAAUACAGAGAGGGGAUAUACAGGCGGUCACAUACUAAAUUUGCAACUCAAGAGGAACUUAUUAAGGCACUUUGCACAGCAGUCACCAGCCCCAAUCUCCUGCAUACUGUACCCCAGAUCUUCUCUGAAGCAGACAAAAAGAGUCUCGUUGACUCAGAUGCCUGUGAUACAAAGUCAAUUCAAAGCCCACCCUAUUCUUCCAGAAUGGAACGAUCACCACAGAGAAGUCCAGAUGUUCUAAAUUCCAACCCCUUGGACUCGGCUGCAAUUUACAGUGAGAUUACACAAUCCUUCGUACAUGGUGGGUAUCUGUACAAAACGUCAGCCAUGACAAAGCUUCCUGCCAGCAAGAAAUGCAAAGAUGAAUUUCAGAAACAGUGGUGUUCCUUGGAACGGGCUCUUCUUUUUUAUGAAACAGACAAGAGUCCUGAACCGAUUGGCAAGAUCGAAAUGAGUGAGAUUGUCUGCAUAGGAGUGAACAGGCCACAGUCAAUGUCCAUUUCGAUCCCGACAGACAGGUUUCGGUACACAUUUGAAAUCUUUCUGUCUUCAGAAAAGUUAUUCCAGUUUGGAACGGACAACCCUGAAACUCUACAAACAUGGACAAGCUCCAUAGCAAAGGGGUUCACUUGUGCCAGUCUGCACAGCCUUCUCAAUCGGCAGUUUGAUAGGAUUGGAAAGCUGCAUUAUAAAUCAAUGCGGAAUCCCGAGCAAUGGAGGGAGGGGUGGUUCAUGCUUAGGAAAUGCAACCUUAUAUUCUGCUGUGAAGAGGGUGGGCCACUGGAGGAGACAUUGCACCUGAAGAGACUACAGGAACUGACUUUCACCAUUCUGAAUGAAAACAGCGAGAAGAAAGAAGUAUUACGACUGGUUGACAAAGAACGAACAUUGUACCUGCAUGGAGUGACACACCUGGACUAUUCAGUGUGGUGCAGUGAUAUUCAGAGUGCGGCGGGCAGUCGGGGGAAUGCACUGAGUGACCAGCAGCUGAGCAGAAAGGACAUCCCUAUUAUCGUUGACAGCUGUAUUGCCUUCAUUACCCAAUAUGGGCUGUGCCACGAGGGGAUUUACAGGAAGAAUGGGGCUAAGUCACGCAUCAAGCUGCUAAUGGAUGAGUUUCGAAAGGACGCCAGGAAUGUGAAGCUACGAACAGGCGAGCACUUUAUUGAGGAUGUCACCGAUGUCCUGAAGAGGUUUUUUCGGGAGGUAGAUGACCCAAUCUUUAUGACAGAGCUCCAUCCACAGUGGAAAGAAGCUGCAGAUAUUUCUCAUAAAGCCCAGAGACUGCAACAAUACAAAGAAAUCAUUCACUUGCUCCCAAGAGUAAACAGGAUGACUCUUGCUGCAUUGAUUGGUCACUUGUACAGGGUUCAGAAAUGUGCAGACCUCAACCAGAUGUGCACCAAGAACCUGUCAUUACUUUUCGCCCCCAGCUUGUUUCAGACCGAUGGGAAAGGAGAGCAGGAAGUGAGGGUGGUCGAAGACCUCAUUGACAAUUAUGUGACGGUGUUUGAUAUUGAUGAUGACCAUGUGACACAGAUAGAUUUGGAAAACAGUCUGAUCACUACUUGGAAAGAUGUGCAGCUUUCCCAGGCCGGAGAUCUGAUCAUGGAGGUCUACGUUGAGACAAAGACGACUGACUGUUGCAUGACACUCAAGGUAUCACCUACAAUGACAUCAGAGGAACUGACGAAUCAGGUGCUGGAUAUGAAGAACAUGUUAACAGGAGAAAGGGAAGUUUGGGUCACCUUUGAAUGCAUUGAAAACGGUGAACUGGAGAGGCCUCUCCACCCCAAGGAGAAGGUUCUGGAACAAGCCCUCCAAUGGUGUAAGCUCGCAGAGCCCAGCUCAGCUUAUCUGGUAGUGAAGAAACUCCCUGAAGAAGGAGGAAAUCUGUACUCAGCAGGUAAAAGUGACAUUCCAAAGUGUGGGGUCUUGAAAUGUCGAGAGGAACCUCCAAAGCUCCUGUCUGGAAACAAGUUCCAGGAGCGAUAUUUUGUUCUGCGUGAUCGUAAACUGCUGCUGUUUAAGGAUAAAAAGAGCUCCAAGCCUGAGCGGGAGUGGUCUGUCUUCUCAUUGAAGGUUUACCUUGGUAUUAAGAAGAAGCUGAAAACACCGUCAGUACAGUGGGGGUUCACUAUUUUCUUGGAUAAGCAGCAGUGGUUCCUGUGCUGCUCAGGACAAUCUGAAAUGUGGGAUUGGACAGCCAGCAUCCUUAGAGCACAGCAUGAUGACCUUCGACCAACAGUGUUAAGGCGCCAUUCUUCUUCUGAUAUAUCCAAACAGAAGUUUGGGACCAUGCCACUUAUUCCACUCCACGGAGACGAGAGUAAUUCCAUCAUGCUAUCUGCAAAUCAAACUCUGCGACGCCUACAUGACCGGAGAACACUCUCAAUGUUCUUUCCAAUGAAGAUGCAGCAUGAGAUAUUUGAACAGCAACAGAAGGAAGAAGACUCCAGCAAUGAGCCUGUGUAUGAAGAAGUUCAGGAUGUCAAUGUCAUGUUGUCAAUGAACUCAGAAAUCUCAGCAGUGGACCCCACACCAAUCCUGGUGACGCAGAUGAAGAAAAACCUAGUUACAAACCUGCCGAUGCAGGACAAGUUCCUCCAGGAACUGAGUUCAGCAAUUCAUAGAAAGAACGAACCUCAAUAUGAUAUCACCAAGCUGUAAUAUAGAGUGGAUGAUUCAGGGAUUCACUGAAUGAAGGUGGUGUUUAUUCCAGCUGGUAGUCCAAUCUCAGGGUUCAUUUGAUCUUGGGACCAACCCUUGCCAUGUAGAUGCACCAUGUGAUCUUUACUGUGUAGAGUCUGAGGUGUGUUAGCUUUGUUAGUCUGAUCAUAAGAGCACUGAGUAGAAAUUCAUUCUCAGUCACAUAGUUUGAGCAACUUUUGAGACACAAAACAACUGGACUGAAUUUUGGGAGGAGUACUUUAUAGGACCCAGCCAUUACAAUGUUGUACAUCAAGUGUGAAUAAUAAGAUUAGUUUUCUACCACAAUAUUUUUAGUUAUCAGGAGGUUUGUUUUAAUAGUCUUAAUUGAAAUUUCCUUUAUCAGUGGUCACCACAAACACAGCCAUGUACAGGGAAGAUAUGCCCAACGAACUACAGCAACCUGUUUCAAGAGGCAGUUUUCUUACAUGUGGUUCUCAGAGGAGGUCUUCAUUUUCACUCGGGAACCAUUGCACUCUCCCCUUAUACAGUCUUUCACAUGUUUCUUAAUUGCUUGAUUUGUAACCUUCAGUAAGAUAAAGCCAUGCUGAAAAGUUUUCCUUUGGAUAAUUUUAUGAGUUGCAGAGAAUUCCAAAGACUCCUCUGUGGUAUACUCCAUGGCCAACUUUUCAGAAGGCUUUUCUAUUUUCCUGCCAAGUUCUGAUGGCAACCUUGCUUAAAUAUCCAUUCACAGGGCUGGCUGAUGAAGCAUCGUCAGGAUGAAAUAAAGCACGAAAUGAAACAAAAGGCAUCCUCUUUAUCAUUCAAUUUACUUCAGUUUGCAGGUCCUUAGCUAGCUUCUCAUUUCCCCUCUGCUCACUUUUAUUACAGUCAUCCCUUCCCCAAGUCUUCCUCUAAGUAUGAGGCCCAUUUAAUUUCCCAGCAUAAUUACAAGGCCUUUAUUAUUGAAGAGAGAACUUCAAAAGUGAAAGUAGGAAAGCUAAGGUGAAGCAUCAGUGGUCUUGAUGCAAAUCACCACUAGAAUUAAAACAAUUGGAUGAAAGUCAAUGUAAGACAUGCAUGGGUGACUAAACGGGACUAAGUUCUGGUUCAGUAACCUGAUACAGGAAAAUCCCAAUGUUUUAGAACUUCUGUGCAAUAAUGAAUAGGACAUGAAUUUGGUUUAAACAAAGUUAUAUUAAGCACGUUCACAGACAGCACACUAGUAGUAGGUGGAAGAUGGUGUAUAAUUUCCCAACACUACAUGGAGUUAAUAAUUGGACUCCAGAUGCUGAAAAAAAUCUGCUUGAGCUACUCAACAGAUUGAGCAGCACCUGAGGGGUGGAAAAUACAACUGUUAACAUUCUGGCCCACGAUACAGGAUUCAGAACUCAAAUAUUGACAGUUCUCAUGGGCGCUGCUCAAUCCACUGAGUUCCUCCAGUAGAUUGUUUGUUGCUCCAAAUAAUUGAACUGUUAUACUUCGCUAACAUUUGAACUAGUUUUAUACACAGAACACAUUUUGCAGCUCUUCCUCAAAUCCUGUCUUUUUGAGAGGUGGAGGCAAAGGUUUGGUGUAUUAAGUUAUCUGAAGGGGGGUUACAAGGCUUGAAGAAAAAUUUGCCACAGGAACCAACUGCUGACAUCCAAAGAAAGGGUAAGUGUCACUCAUUCUCUCCCUCACUUCCAUAAGAGAUGAAGUCUGCUCCCAUACUCAGCUCAAUGAAGCUUUGAAGUGAUGAAAUAUUAAUCCUUCAUUUAUCUAAAUUGAACAGUACAUCUCCAUGGUCAUCAUAAUUCUCAUCUCAUAAUUUAUUACACAAACUGAAUCCCUAAAGCAUGACAUUUCCAUUCUACCCAGAAUAAUUAACCACACAAUCUGAAUCCAAAAAGCAUGACGUGAUACAUACCAAGAAAAUGGAAUACUUGUUUUCUUGUUUCAUCCUACACAAACUUGAGAAGAUAGAUAAAUUGUGCCACAAGGAAGAUGUUUUUCAAUAUUAAAGAUGACCUAAUGUUAGCAAUACCGUUGAAUGAGACUGUUUGCAAAUUUUUGUAGCUAAUUCUGCAUAAUAGCAUUUGUUUCAGGUAAGAGGGUCACAGGUAGAAUAUUUGCCUAUGUUAAUUAUAAUUUCGUUUUAAUCCAUUGACAGACUUAUGGAGUUGGGAGGAGGAAGUUCAGUGAAUAUUUUGUGAAUACAAGAGAUUCUGCAGAUGCUAAAAAUCCAGGAACACACACACACACCCACACAAAACAUUGGAGGAACUCAGCAAGUCAGGCAUCAUCUAUGGAAAGGAAUAGUGUCGAACUUUAGGGCUGGUGUCCUCCUGAUGAAGGGUCUCAGCCUGAAACAAAGACUCUUUAUUCCUAUCCUUAAAUGAGACCCGGCCUGCUGAGUUCCUCCAGCAUUUUGUGUGAAUAUUUGGUGAAUGUUACUGCGUAGAAACAGAACACAGGAACUGUGGAGAAGAAAUUAAGUUUUCUUUUACUCUACUUCUCCUUUCAUAUAUAAUCAGUUCAAUCUCCUUCCUACUUCUGCUAAUUUUAAAUCUAUAUUAAGUUGUAAUACGUGGACUUCUGAUCAACUUUUGUCACAGAGUAAUACAACAUAGGAAAAGUUGUUUUGGCCCUCUCUAUUGCUGCCGGCACAGGAAUGUCUAUAUAUAUAUAUAUCCAGAAAGUCAAAAGAUAAGAAUCUGCAGAGAUUGAAAAUCCAGAAUAAAUGCUAGAAAAACUCAGGUCAGGCCACAUCCAUGGAAAGAGAACAGUUAAUAAUUUCAGUUCUGCAACCCUUCAUUGGAACCUCCUGUGUCUAUGCCAUGAUUAUCAAAUGCUCAUCUAAAUAUUGAGAAUGAUGAGGCAGUGCUGUCUAGAGUUUAACCACCCUCUGAAUGAAAAGAAGUUUUUUCUCAAAUACUUUUUAACUCUCCUUUCUUAUAAGCCUUUGCCCUCUGAUAAGGGCCAAGGUUUCUCAAUAUGUCCCUCAUCAUAUUGUACAUGACAAUCAUGCUUCUCCUCAAUCGCAUCUGGUCCAAGAAAAACAAACCCAUUCCAUCUGGUUAAAAGGUUCAAUCCGAGGCAUUAUCUUGGUGCAUCCCUUCAGAAAUCUCUGAGUUACAAUAAUAUCCAUCCAUAAUGUGCUAACCAGAACCUAGCCAGUGUUUUAUAUGCUGUAGUUUCCCUCUCGGGGUGGUGAGAUGGAGUUAUCUCUCUACCAAAGGAGGUGUAAGGUGCUCCUUCCCUCCGAUAGCCUGCAGGUCACCUUUGGACAAGGUGUAGCACCUACUUAGUCCACCACUACCCCCCUCCCAAUCAGGAUCACGUGAAACCAUGGGAAUAGGUGGUGGAUGAUUAUAGGAGCAGCUGGUGCCCAGAAGAAGACAACGGCAAACCACUUCUGUAGAAAAAUUUGCCAAGAACAAUCAUAGUCAUGGAAAAACCAUGAUUGCCCAUGUCACGGCAUGUAACAGAUGAAUGAACAAAUUUCCCUCUUCAAAUGUUCAAUGCCAUGGCUAAUGAAGGCAAGUAUCCAUAAUGUCUUCUUAACCUUUUCUUAACCCAAAAUGUGGCCUUCAGGUACCCUUGGACAUUGUAUACUGACAUGCAUCUUCUCCCCCGUAUUUCCCAGAGUUCUCUGAUUGAUUGUGUAUUUACUAGUCUAUGAGUCCUCCUGAAGUGCAUGACUGCACUAUUUUGCUGCUCGGUGUUGAUAAAUAUGAUCUGUCUACAGCAGUGUAAAACUCACAGGGGUUGUUAAUAGUUUUAAUCCAGGAACAGAGACUCCAAGGUACCUUUAUGAGAUUCACUACAGUCAGCCAUAGGUCAUCUUAGGUGAUUUUGUGGGUGGUUUUCUCACUUCAGUACAGUUUCUGAGAUAUUUUCAAGAAAGUUUAUGGCAGCACAGGCUUGGGAAUAUUCCUUGAACUUGUUUGAUAUCUUUUUUACACCAGUGGUUGGAGUUUGGAAAUCUGAUACUUUAGGAUUUCCAUAGUUUGUGAGCCAUUGAUGCAAUUGCAGUGUACAAUUAGGGUGCCCAUUUUGGGAGAACAGAGUUGUAAUAAGCAAACAAGCUGGCAGAAUAUGCCUUCACUGGCCUCAAGACUGUUGUUGAUAUAUAUACCAAUAUACAUAUGUAUCUUAAACAUGAGAAAGUCUCCAGAUGCUGGAAAUCCAAAGCAAAACACAAAAUGAUGGAGGAACUCAGCAGGUCAGGCAGCAUCUAUGGAAAUAAAUAAGCAGUCCUGUUUCAGGG